AAAUCGGCUAAAGUAGUUAGAAUUACGAAAAAAAAAAAAAAACCAAAUCCGUAUAUCGGGGUUGCUUUCGGCAUCCCGAAACAGUCUUACUGACACAUCUCUCUCUUUCUCCAUAAAAUUCCCGCCUUUUCCAUCCAAAGCCACGUCACUUCCUUAUCCUUUCACUUUCAACGUGGCACUCGUUGCCACGCUGUCAUCUGUUUCCGACCAUUCCGAUCACAUCAUACGGCUCUCAAUCCAUCUAAUCGAACCACAAAAUCUGAGCAGGACCCACCUACCAAAUACAAAAUUUAAGAAAAUAAAAAAAAAUUUCCAGACUGUUCUUGCCCACGCUGAUGCGUGCUCUUGUACAAGAAGAGACAAAGAGUAUUUAUAGAACCUAACAAACCAUACGGCUCUUUCACUCUGCAGUCGUCGUCGUCUUCUUCUUCUUCUUCUUCUUUUUUUCUUUUCCUUUUCUCAUCUCAAACUCAUGGAGGAUCCCAGAAAGAGAGAAGGGUUUGAUGAUGGGGGCGACUUGGCCUUCAAAAAGUCUCCGACUCGGACGCUUCCUGACACUUCCGGCGAUCUGGGUGAGGAUAUUUUAGCUUGGCUUUCAAUGGAUGAUGAAACCAUAGAUGAACUCAUGAAGUUUCUUGACACGCACCCUGAAGGAGCUUCUGCAACUUGUACUAGUACUACAAGGGUCAAGUUCAUUGAAAAUCCCUACUCUUCACCUUUGAUUUUUCAGUCUUCUUCUUCUUACAUCACCAUCAACGGCAACGAGGAGAGCUGUGGCUCUUCUUUCUCUGACUGGGAGUCGUCGGUCAUGGCCAGCGUAGACAUGGGUGGGAUUCUAAAUGUUGGAAAGUCCUGUGGCAUUGAUGGGUUUUGUGAGUUUUUUCAAGCGGGAAAGGGAGGCGCGUGGGGUUCAAAUGAGGACGGGCGUGGGUUGAUGGUGGCAGAGGAGGGCGGCGUUGUUGACGGAUCGAUUGAAGGGUAUGAAUAUGAUGGGGUGGACGGUGAGAGUCUGGCGAGGUUUCUAGGAGAAGGAUUUAUUGACUGACCAUUGAGUAAACGUGAAUACUCAAUUAUUUAUUUUUAUUAGGGUUUUUGGUUGGUGGUGGCGGUGGUGGUUAAGGUCAAAUGUGAAGUUGUUAGUAACACAAAAGAAUACAGUAAUAUACACAAAAACGAUGUAAUAGAGCAAAGCAGAAGCAAGCAGCUGCCCUUUUUGUGGAAUGCUAAACCCAAAUGGUUUCCUCUCUCUCUCUUGCAUCUUGCAGCUAGCUUUUGUAAUCACUAAUUAGUAAUUAGUGCUUUGAAUCCUUGCAUAAUUUAACACUUCAAUUAUGGAUA